AUUCUCUCUAAAGCUUUAGCACUUAUAGACUCUUUCUGCAGGUUUUAUGCAAAGGUGUCAGAAUUGCACAGUGAGGUGUACAAUGGACCAUCAGCUGCUAUGGCAAACCCCUUGGUGGCGUUUACUCUUAUCAAGCGCUUGCAGUCCGAGUGGAUUAAUCUGAUCUACAGUGAUGAAGCACAAGAGAACACCCAAGUCUUCAGGUCCGGUUACGAGGAGGUAGAGGAGGAGGGAAGCUUGCCAAAACUGGAGGACCUUCAGGGGGCGGCCAAAGGGUUGAUGAGACUGCAGGAUGUGUAUGCCCUUCAAGUGGGGGGACUUGUGAGAGGUCACUUCCAGAGGAUCACUAACGGCAACCCCAUUGACAUCUACAGUCCCACAAUAUCUGUCCCUCUUUCUGGGGAUGACUGCUUCCUGGUUGGGAAGGUUGCCUAUGAGCUGGAGGAUUACUACCACUCAGUGCAGUGGCUGGAGGAGUCAGUGCGUCUGUUCCGAGGGGCGGGGGGGGGAUGGAGUCCAGAGAAUGAGGGAACUCUGGAAGAUGCUCUGGAUCACCUGGCCUUCUCUCACUUCAAGACAGGAAACAUCUCCUAUGCACUGAGUCUCUCUCAGGAGUUGUUGAACCAUGAUCCCAUGAACAGGAGAGUUUUGAAGAAUGUAGGGAAGUAUGAGCGACUACUUGUUGACAAUCCACCAUUACUGAGCGCUGACACUGGGUUGAAGAGGCCUAACACCACCUAUCUACGGACAAGGAACACCUACGAGAGACUGUGUCGGACACAGGGCACUCCGCCAAUGCGUUAUGAAAACCCCCGGCUGUUUUGUGACUAUUUCAACAAUGACAGUCCUGAGCUACUACUGCAGCCAAUCAGACGUGAGGUGCUGAGCCUGCAGCCAUAUGUGGUCCUCUACCACAGCUUCAUCACUGGCUCAGAGGCAGAGCGCAUCAAGGACCUCGCCCAGACAGGGUUAAGGAGAUCUGUGGUGGCAUCUGGAGAGGAACAGGCUACUGCAGAGUAUCGCAUCAGCAAGAGUGCAUGGCUAAAGGACACAGCCCACCCUAUCAUUGGCAGGCUGGACCAGAGAAUCACCUUGCUCACAAGUCUCAAUGUGCAGCCUCCAUAUGCAGAGUACCUCCAAGUGGUGAACUAUGGGAUUGGAGGACACUAUGAACCUCAUUUUGACCAUGCAACUUCAGCAUCAAGCCCCCUUUUUAGGCUCAACACUGGGAAUCGAGUGGCAACCUUCAUGAUAUACCUCAGCUCUGUGGAUGCAGGUGGGUCCACAGCCUUCAUCCACGCUAACUUUAGCGUUCCUGUUGUGGAGAAUGCUGCCCUAUUCUGGUGGAACCUCCAUAGGAACGGCCAAGGAGAUGGGGACACUCUGCAUGCUGGCUGCCCUGUGCUUGUUGGGGACAAAUGGGUGGCUAACAAAUGGAUCCAUGAGUACGGCCAGGAGUUCCAGAGACGCUGCAGCCCCAAUCCUGAGGAGUGAGAAGAGAGAAAGCAGCUGCUGGGACCGCUUGGAGUACAAGAACCAGCCUCCACAAUGGAGCCGUGCGCACCACGCAGGCAGAGAGGGAGGGAACGAGAGAGGGAGCAAGAGAGGGCAUGCGAGAGCGCUUGAGGCUGGGGGAGAGGGAGAGGAAGGCAGCCAAAGAGCAGCCUGCAUCUGUGAUUGGAGCUUCAGGCCCAAGGGAACGAGGAGCACAGACACUGUUGGAGGGGGCUGGAAUGGCAGGGGGCUGACUUGGUUUUGGGAAGGAGGAGGUGGUGGGGGUGGAGGAGGGCAUUUGGCAAUCAGCCCCAAAAGCAGAGUGGCCUCUUGCUCCCACACCCCAGUCAGUCCCUGCUGGAGCAGAGCUCUCUCUGAGAGAGGCCUCUACACUCACACACUGGGCUGGUAUUAGUUAACGCUGCUAGGCUGUUUGGCUCCGGUGUCAGUUUGUUUGAAAACCUUUUUUUUUAAAGUAUAAUGCAGCCUUUUGAAAACUGAUGUACUCAAUCUGACGUUUCACACGGACUGAUCUCAUUAGCACAGCGCUAAUCUUUACCAUCACAAUUUAUUUUGAAUUAUAUUUCUCUAACCAUCUCACACCUUAAGAAUGUAAUUAAGAGCGGCGCUGUGAUUCAGAGGAAAAAGGUUAUUGUGACUUUUUCCCAUUCAUGCUGUCAGUUCAGGAGAUGAGGUAGUCAUCUCUCCCACUGAGGGGCUUGCUGACAUUUGGUGUGCUCUCUAUUGCUCAUCUCCUUGUAGCUAAUGGGGUGCAUAUGAGUCAAACCUGUUUAGUCUUCUAGCUCCCAUUCAGAGGCAUAAUUAAUUAGUCAUGGUCUGUAAACCAGAUAAUUGGAUGAAUGCAUCUGCUUUAGCACAGAGUCUCUGACCUCACUACAAAUCCUAGGUAUCUAGCUGCAUACCAGCAGGCCAAAAUAUGUGUUUGUAUGUAGGUCAAAACACCUCUGAAAAGAGUGCAUACAGGCUUUCACACCUAGUCUAUGAGGGAGUGAGGAGUGAAAUGUACUGUAGGCUCCCAGGGGCUUCACUGUCAGUAUGAUUCUUUGGGCUGGCUGCUGCCUUUUGAGUGACAGGGAGUGUUGAAGGGAGAGGGGUUCAACAAGGAUAAUAUCUCUGCCUGCUGGGAUGUAAGGAAGUAUUCCCUCCAGUGCACAACCCCGUACCACCCCUACCCUUUAGACACACACCACACACAGAUACAAACACAGAGGUCGUAUACUACAGGAAUGCUACAUGCUCCCAGCUGCAUUCCUUAACAGUAGACCUUGAUUGUUCCCCCUGGAGUGGAUUGACAGGAGGCCCAUGUUUGAUAAAAUGCAUGGAGGAUGGAGGUCAUACCUUUGGAGUUUCUCCAACCAAGAACAUUUCUAUUCUAUGGAAUUCUCAAA